AUGGCUUAUUAUGAACAGCAAGGCCCGUUGGGUAUGCCGAAGCAAUUUGUGCUUUGCUUUGAUGGUACCGGAAAUAAGUUCGCUGGCGACGAGUCGGAUAGCAAUGUGCUCAAGAUCUUUCGCAUGCUUGACCGCAGCAAAAGCCACCAGUACCAUUACUAUCAGCCAGGUAUUGGCACAUAUGUGACCUCAAAGUCGUUAACUAGCCAUGGCCGAAUCCAGCGUAUCAAAUCCGCCUAUCAAAAGGCCAAGGACUCGGCAGUCGGGUCUUCCUUUGACGAGCAUGUCAUGGGUGGGUACAAGUUUCUGAUGCGAUAUUAUUCCCCUGGCGACGAGAUCUUCUUCAUUGGCUUUAGUCGUGGUUCAUACAUCGCGCGAUUUCUGGCAGAGAUGCUGGACUAUAUCGGUUUACUCGAAGCAGGAAAUGAGGAGCUAGUCCGGUUCGCCUGGAAGACAUUCGCCAAGUGGCAGCAGCGGUCCGGCGACUCGGAAGAAGAGCGCGAAGAAAAGAGGAAACUCUUCACAUACAUGAAGGCCUUCCGUGAGACGUUCAGUCGCCCUAUUUCGCGUAUCCGUUUCAUGGGGCUCUUUGACACCGUCAACAGUGUGCCACGCUUUGAGUCCGCAUGGAUGCAGCGCACCAAGUUCCCCUACACGGCACGCAGCUCGGCCAAGGUGAUUCGCCAUGCCGUGGGUAUUGACGAGCGCCGUGCGAAGUUUCGCCAAGAUCUGAUCUCUGGAGUGCGUCCAAAGGAGAAGAAAAACCGCCGCCGCCCCCAUUUGCCCAAAAACCAUCUGCACCUCUUCCAUGGGGACCGCAAAGAGAAGCCCCAAGAGGAGAAGGACAGCCCAGACAACGUUCCUGCCAUUCGGGUCAAUGACAAUCCCGAGGAAGAACAGCAGGGAGAAGAGAACGCCGAGCCUGAAUUCAACAUUCCCAAAUUGGAACCGAAUACUGAAGAGACAUACUACCAAAGUGAGCGCCGUGCCUCUCACCACCAAGCUCCACACAUAGCCUCAUCCCAAAACUCCCGCCCCGGUAGCGAAAACGGGACAAUGAAAUCCAACACAUACCGCGCGCGCUCUCCCCGACGCAGCCUCGCAGUGCCCAAAGCGUCAAUGGAAGAGCUCCACUCAGUGCGAAGCAAAGAGUCCUUCCACAGCGUGCAUUCCAAUAUCCUCUCAGUGCAAAUUCCCAUCGUAGAGGCCGAUUCAAGCGACGAUGAAGAUGACCAAGACAUCCACGAGGUCUGGUUCCCGGGCUGCCACGCAGACAUUGGCGGCGGGUGGACGCUCGCAGACGGCGAGUCAUGGGCACUUAGCCACGCGCCGCUCGUGUGGAUGACACAGGAAGCGCAAAAGGCGGGACUCGAGCUGGAUGAGCGCAAAAUGAAGCAGUUCCAGUGUCUAGAGGAGUACAGCGGUGAUUACAGCCCCAUUCGGGAAGAGAUCAAUGCACUACGGCCGAGUCGGUGCGUUGAACAUCAUACUGAAGACGAUGAUGCUUUCCGCUAUAUGCCUGAUGAGAAGGAGCGCUCGGCUUCGAGUCACGACUUCUGGCAUGCGCUGCAUAUCUCCAGUACGAAGGGGCUGCUGCAUGACUGCCUGAUGUUCAACCAGGGUAUUCCUUCUAUGUCGGUUAUUACGUGGCGCAUUAUGGAAUGGUUGCCGUUCCGUCGUAUGGAUCUACAGCCUGAUGGGUCGUGGAAGCCGAUUAGCUGGCCGCUGCCUCGUGGCGAGGUGCGGGAUGUUCCGGAUAACGCUGAAAUCCACGUUUCUGCUAUCCGGCGUAUGCAGUUGGAUCCCAAAUACCGUCCUGGUAAUAUCAUUGUUGGUGGUGGUGGUCGUGGUAUACGUGUUGCACCGGAGAAGUAUGGUAUGGGCGAGUGGGUGGUGUUCAAACAUGAAGGAGAUAUGGUGCGGGAGACUUACGUCCGCAAGAAUGCCUCCAUUUGUAAGGAGGGCAGGGAAGAAACCACCCAUUGA